AGAGAUGCGGGUUCACUUGCCCUGCGUAGGGGCUUAUCUUGGGCUAAGCUGAGGGACUAAUAGCAAAGCCAGCCUCCGCUCCAGCCGGUCUGAGGGCACAGGGAGCCAUCUGUCCACUCUGUGGAUAACUGACAACAAAGGGUCAUACGUUGAGCACGGACUACAAACUAAAACGACAUUUUUUCUGAAUACCAGAAAUAAGAACAAGGAGCCUGUAUUUUGUAUAUAAGGUGUGGAAUGGCGGCAGAGAGUACUGUAUUUAUUGGUUUGUAGUGUUUUACUUCACAUCUGGGAAAACAGAGAAUGUCUGACAAGGAAGAAAUGGCUUCAGAUGGGAGUUUGAAUGUUACGCUGACACUGAGGCUGCUGAUGCACGGAAAGGAAGUUGGCAGCAUAAUUGGGAAGAAAGGAGAAACAGUCAAGAAAAUGAGGGAGGAGAGCGGCGCUCGCAUCAACAUAUCAGAGGGCUCGUCCCCUGAGAGAAUAGUCACCAUCACAGGACCCACAGAGGGCAUCUUUAGAGCUUUUUCCAUGAUUGCACAGAAGUUUGAAGAGGAUAUUACCACAGCAAUGACAAACAGCAACGUGACAAGCAAGCCACCUGUGACACUUCGCCUGGUUUUCCCGGGGAGCCAGUGUGGCUCACUGAUCGGCAAAGGAGGCUCAAAGAUCAAAGAAAUCCGAGAGACCACAGGCGCUCAGGUUCAGGUGGCAGGAGACAUGCUGCCGGACUCCACAGAGAGGGCUGUCACAAUCUCCGGCACUCCACAGGCCAUCACUCAGUGUGUAAGACACAUCUGCUCUGUGAUGCUGGAGUCUCCACCGAAAGGAGCAACUAUUCCCUACCGUCCCAAGGUCAUAUCUGCUGGAGCCCAUGCAGUAUUAGCACCACAGCACUCUGCACAAGCCUUUGCAAUUCCAGGGCAGUAUGCUUUUGCACAUCAAGAUUUGACCAAGCUUCACCAGUUGGCUAUGCAGCAUAUCCCCCUCCCUUCCCUUGGGCAGAGCAACCCUACCUUCCCUGGAUUGGAUGCAUCUGCCCCCACAAGUUCACAAGAGCUGGCAAUACCUAAUGAUUUUAUUGGCUGCAUAAUUGGAAGACAGGGCAGCAAGAUCAAUGAGAUUCGCCAGGUCUCUGGAGCUCACAUCAAAAUUGCCAGCGCCACUGAUGGCUCAGCCAUGCGCCAAGUCACGAUCACAGGUUCACCAGCCAGCAUCAGUGUGGCCCAGUACCUCAUCAAUGCCAGCUUAGAGAUGGCUAAAUACACAAUGCAGGCCGCUUCCUCUGCGACCCCAGUUGACCUGAACAUGAGCUUCUCACAGUCUGCUUCCACUGCCUCCACUUCUGCUACCUCUAUGGCCGUCCUGGCGGCCACCACCCCAGCCCCCACCACAAUUAACGUUCACUCUCCCUCCACCUUACCAGCCAUCCAAAACCCACACUAUGCCGUCCCCGUUUCCAGCCUGCUUGGCAUGAAAACGCUCCCUGUGCUGGCUGUCCACCCAGCAGCCGCUUCCAGCCUAACACAGGGUUUAUCCCCUUACACCGCAAAAAUGUCAACCUCUGGCGUCAAAAAAUCAGAGCGGCAGAAGUUUGCUCCUUAUUGACGCCUACUUUUGGAGCCUAGGCAGUGUAGCUGACUGAUAAGACCUAAUUAAAAGAUGGCAAAUAAUUUAUUAUUAAGCAUAUAGACCUAAAAACAGCUUACACCAGUGUGUAAGUUUUCCCUGUGUAACCUUUGUUUCCCAUAAAUCAGACAGAGGCAGGCAGGAAGGGUGGUCGUAUCAAAACAUGUUCUCAUUAAUUAAAAGAGGCAGUAGAGGUGCAUAUUAACUCAGUAUUAUCUCACGGACAUGUAUAACAAUUAAUGUGGGUAACUCAGGCUCGUAUUCGAGGAAAAAACUAUUUUUCAGAUGGAUUCGUGUUUCAGAGCUUUAUACGAAGACUUAUCCAGAUGUGUUUUCCAUGAUGCAAUUACUGACUUAGUUUUCUAUCUGUGUGACUACAUUUUCUUAGAAAAUGCAAACUAGUAAUAAAAGACGUGGUGCUUUGUUGGCAGCAGGCUGUUAAAACUUUUUUUUUUUUGUACUAUAUUAGUCGGCGUGUUAAGUGUUUUUAAUGAGGAUUGCUCCACUCUCCUGUUGCAUUCCCCUCCCUCUCUUUCACUAUAGGCUCUCAUCAGUGCUAACAGGCUUGGGUGUUCUGUAGUUGCGUUGCACUGUUGCAGUUCUGAUGGGAUUAUCUUAAAGCCACAUUGGAUUCUAGUGGAUUUCACUUCUCCUCAGUAAUCGUGUAAAGCAGGGACUGGCCUAACUAACUCAUUCACUCGUUCUGUACACCGGCUUGUUUCUUGUUUAUUCUCCAGCCUCGACGAGUGGGGAAGGCUUCGACUAGCUGCGUCUGAAACGGGGUGCUGGUCAAUUAUUUUAAUAAAUGUUUUAUUCAUGUGCUCCUGGUGUGGCUCCCCUCCCCUCCUCCCCUCCUCAGCCCCUCACUCCCACCCCCCACUCUCCAAAAGAAUGCAGAUUUAUUAUAUUUGUUGAUGAAAUGACUUUGAAAUAAAUGGGACUUUUUACGAAUGCA